UCCCUCUUUCACAAUUUGAUUCAAUUAUUCACUUUUUUUUUCUUGAAAACUACUGUUAGAUUCAGCAAAAACAUAUAGGAAUUUCAAUGGCAGAAAGCGAGCAAGAUAUGUUAUACGAUCCUUCUAAAAUCUUCAUCGGUGUCCGUUUUGUUCUUGCUGGGUUCGAUUCCCCGAAGAAAGAACAGGUCCGGUCCAAGCUUUUGGAGGCUGGUGGAGUUGACGUGAACGAAUAUGGCCCGGAUUGCACUCACCUCAUUGUUGAUAGAACAGUUUAUGAUGAUCCUCUGUGUGUUGCUGCCCGACAAGAUGGAAAAAUUUUAGUCUCUGGCUUGUGGGUUGAACACAGUUUUGAUGUGGGAAUGCCUGUCGAUCACCUCUCUAUUAUGUACAGACCUCCAAGGGAUUUGACUGGAAUCCCAGGUGCUAAAUCACUAAUACUGUGCUUAACUGGAUAUCAGCGGCAAGACCGAGAUGAUAUUAUGAUAAUGGUUGGGCUGAUGGGUGCAAACUUUUCAAAGCCAUUGGUUGCAAACAAAGUCACUCAUCUUAUUUGCUACAAAUUUGAGGGAGAGAAAUACGAGCUUGCCAAGAAAAUGAAGAAGAUAAAACUAGUGAAUCACCUGUGGCUAGAAGAUUGUUUAAGGGCCUGGGAAAUUCUUCCGGAGGCUAGCUAUGAUAAAAGUGGGUAUGAGUUGGAGAUGAUGGAAACCGAAGCCAAGGAUUCUGAAGAUGAACAAGACGAUAUUGCUGCAAUUGGCAGAGAGAGAGUUUCUUUCACUAGUCCUCAACACUCAAAGAGUCCCAAUCAAUUCCUCUUGAAGGAGGAAAUCUCUAGAAACAUCUCAGAGAUACACAUACAGACAGGUCUGUCAGAACUUGGAAACAAUAAGCAUCUGGGAUUAUCUGCUUCAAAGGAAUCGAAACCGGACCUGGUUACAACCUUUGAGGGAUCUGACAAGCGACAUCUUGAGACCCUUGGCACCACUGUGAGUAGAAAUGAAGAUGUGCCACAAAAUGGAAAUAGUCCGACUUCAGUUUCUAAUAAUGCUAGGAAGUCUCCUAAAUCUUGUUUGUCGAACAGUUGUGUUAAAAGUUAUUCCCGAGAAAAACCUAGAAAAAUUAAUCUCAUCAUUGCCACAGAACAAGUUGAGAGUGCAGGAUGUCCUCCCGCUAAUGCGGUGAGUCAACAUUGUGAUAACUUGAACAUCUCCUCAGAGAAAGAGCAGAAUGAAGCAGAAGUUGGUUCUGCAAACUUUCCUACAAGUAAUAUGUCAUGCCUGGAAAUGGGCCAAAGUGGUGUACUCCAUGAGAAAAGGAGGGUGGACAUGUUAUAUAACGGCUCUCUGGAAACUAGUCAUAAUCCAGAAAGCAUGUUAGAUGGUGGCCUGGGUGUUGAAAGUUAUUCCCUGAAAAAACCUAGAAAAAUUGGUCUCACCAUGGCCUUGAAACAAAUUGAGAGUGCAGGAUGUCCUCCCCCUAAUAUAGUGAGCCAACAUUGUGAUAAAUUGAACAUUUCCUCAGAGAAAGAGCAGGACGGAACUGUAGUUAGUUCUGCAAAAAUUCCUACAAGUAAAAUGUCAUGCCUUGAAAAGGGCCAAAGUGGUGUACUACCUGAGAAAUGGAAGGUUGAGUUACAUAAAAGCUCUCCAACAACUAGUCAUAAUCCAGAAAGCAUGGUAGAUAGUGACCUGGUGGAAGAUCGUGGUGAAGAGUUGGACAGACAUUUGUCAUUGCGCAACAAUAUCCAGUUUGGCAAGGGUGCAAGUCUUCAUCCCUUGCAGAAAUGUGAUUCUUCUAUUUUCACUUCCAUAAUACAAGAAAAUCAGCAAGAGUGUGAUGAGGAGGCAUUGCAAGCUGGCACUUGUGCAGUCAUGGGGUUAAGAAAGACUGCUUUGAGCAGCAAUUUGGACCCUGUUAAUGUUCACUCAUGUGAUACUGAGCAUUCUACUGGUGAACAUAACAGCCCGAGGAAUGAACUGCAAGCUGUCAAAAAUCCAUCUCCUGGCAAUGAAAGAGAAGAUGUUGAGAAGUUUAUUCGGAUGGCCGAAUUGGAAAAUGCCGUAGGAAAUACUAGGUCAGGGUCUAAGCCAUUAAAGAUAAAAACCCUUCCCAAGAAGACACUGGGAUCUGGACUAAGUCUCUGUGAAAGGGAUGCAAGAAAUCAGGAAGGUACUACAUUUCAUAACAAGACUGUUCCAUCAAAUGACUCUGCCCCUUCUGUGAGCUGGGGCAGAAAGGACAGAGAUCACCAAGAGGUUCUCAGCUUUGCAAAGGUUGAGAUUCCACCAGCAGGUAGUGCAGAAUUAAGCAAAGAAACAGAGAAAAGAAAGUACUUGGAUUCUGGAAAGGAAGAUGUUGAAAUAGCUGAAUCCAUAAAUAAUGAUGCUGAAACUUCAGAGAGCAAAGAGUAUGAUGAGUUGAAUGUCUUAACAGGUGAAGUCAGUGGAGUACCGCAGUUUCUGGUUACAUCUGCAGAGGAACUUGUGGUGAACGUGGAUGGGACUGAUGUGGAAGAUUGUGCUGUGAGGCAUGAUGCUGACAACAAGAACUCUGAAGCUCAAAAGACUAUUUCUGGCAAGGACACCAGGUCAAAUAAAUCAACUUCUGCAGAGAAUGAUGUAGAUGUGAAAAUAACCAAAGGCCCAAAAUAUUUAAUGAAGAGGUCAAACACAACUAAUAUAGCUGCUAAAAGAGCUGUAAUUUCCCGAAAAGUUGCCAAAAAGAAGAAGUCCGAAAAUGACAAAAAGAAGAAUGAGGAAACAGAGAAUGAAAAAGGUUUACCUGUACCAGGUGAACAAACAGUACUGGCACUUGAUCAUGAGUUGAACUCCAUGGAUGUGGAGAAGGAGAAUAGUCCUCUUAUUGAUGACCAAAGCACGAGAUAUAAUGAACAUGGAGCUGGCAAAAGUUCUCCAAAAUGUGAUAACAAAAAACCUCUAAAGGCUGAUGUUGCAAAUCCUCGCUCAUUGCAGGUUACUAAAGUAGGAACUGAGCAAAGGUGGUUUAUCCUUAGUGGGCAUCGACUGCUAAGAAAGGAAUUUGAGAAGGUCAUCAAACGUUUGAAAGGACAUGUGUGCAGAGAUUCUCAUCAAUGGUCAUAUCAAGCAACUCAUUUCAUUGUUCCUGAUCUAGUUCGCAGAACUGAAAAAUUGUUUGCUGCUGCAGCCUCUGGAAGGUGGAUCCUAAAGUCUGAUUAUUUAACAGCUAGCAAUGAAGCUGGAAGACUCUUGGAUGAAGAAAAAUAUGAAUGGCACAAAAAGGGCUUAACAGAAGAUUUAGCAAUCGACUUAGAAGCUCCAAGGAAGUGGCGGCUUCUGAGGGAGAGAACUGGACAUGGUGCAUUUUAUGGAAUGAAGAUAAUCAUUUAUGGAGACUGCAUUGUACCACCAUUGGAUACACUGAAGCGCGCUGUCAAGGCUGGAGAUGGUACUAUAUUAGCAACUUCACCUCCUUACACUCGCUUCCUUAACUCAGGUAUCGAUUUUGCUGUUGUCGAUGAGACCAUGCCCCAUUAUGAUAAGUGGGUUCAAGAAUUCCUAAGGUGUGAGAUACCUUGCAUUUUGGCUGAUUACUUGGUGGCUUAUGUGUGCAAGCCGGGUUAUCCUUGUGACAGUUAUGUACAAUACAAUACUCAUACUUGGGUAGAAAGGUCAUUGAAAAACCUUGAAGAUCGCUUGGAAGAAGUUGUUGUGGAUAUGGUGCCAUCAGAUGACAACAGUAAGAUAGAAUGAUGAUACACGUUGAUGAAACGGCCUCCAUGUAUGGAUUUGACAUUGGCAUUCAUGUUUUAUUACGGUGAUCCUCGACUUGAAUGUGUACUAGAGAGACUGGUUUAGCCCAGUCUAUAGGAAACAAGAGUAUUAUGUAGAUAAAGUAAAAUCCAGCUUGGAGGAAAGUAAUAAUCCUCUUCAUUAAGAUAGUACAAGCUGUGAGCUCCAUUUUAGUUGGUAAUUCUGGAUGUACAAAGUAGUUAUUUUGCUCCUUCUAUAGUUAGGUAUAUUGACCAUUUUAUAAAGAUCAAACACUUUGUUUAUCAUCUAUGUCAACAAGGCUAGAACAUGAAAA